AUGUUGCAGGUGUAACGCCACAAACAGAAGCUCCGCGGCGCCCUCCAGCGGCGACUGUCAGCGUGCGUCUCUCGCGCAGCGGAAAACAAGUGCACUGCAGCUGAACGGCGCAUUCGGUGAGAGGUUUGUAAAGCAGUCGAGCCUGCGAACCUCUCCCUCACUCGAAUCCGGACACACGUUUAAGUUUUGUCCUCAAAAAUCCCGCAAGUCGUCGGCACGGCAGAAUAAUCGUGGUGCUGGACACACAGCUCGGAUAUUGCCGCGAACGCUGAAGGCUGAGAUAUGGCAACGACAACUUGCACGCGCUUCACCGACGAGUACCAGCUGUAUGAAGAACUUGGAAAGGGGGCCUUCUCAGUCGUGCGACGUUGUGUCAAGCUGUGCACGGGCCAAGAGUAUGCUGCCAAAAUCAUCAACACCAAAAAGCUCUCAGCAAGAGAUCACCAGAAACUGGAACGGGAAGCCCGUAUCUGCCGUCUGCUCAAACAUCCCAAUAUCGUGCGGCUCCAUGACAGUAUAUCAGAGGAAGGCUUCCAUUACCUCUUAUUUGACCUUGUGACGGGUGGAGAGCUGUUUGAAGACAUCGUAGCCAGAGAAUAUUACAGUGAAGCUGACGCCAGUCAUUGUAUCCAUCAGAUUCUAGAGAGUGUCAAUCACAUUCACCAUCAUGACAUAGUGCACAGGGACUUGAAGCCAGAAAACCUGCUCUUGGCCAGUAAAUGCAAGAACGCCGCCGUCAAGUUGGCCGACUUUGGCCUGGCCAUUGAAGUGCAGGGAGACCAGCAGGCCUGGUUUGGGUUUGCUGGAACGCCAGGUUACCUUUCCCCCGAAGUGCUACGAAAGGAGGCUUAUGGGAAACCUGUGGACAUUUGGGCAUGUGGAGUCAUCCUGUAUAUUCUGCUGGUGGGAUAUCCUCCGUUUUGGGAUGAAGACCAGCACAAACUCUACCAGCAGAUCAAAGCCGGGGCUUAUGACUUCCCCUCGCCAGAGUGGGACACGGUCACCCCUGAGGCCAAAAACCUCAUCAAUCAGAUGUUGACCAUCAAUCCAGCCAAGAGAAUCACGGCCCAGGAGGCUCUUAAACACCCGUGGGUCUGCCAACGCUCCACUGUGGCGUCCAUGAUGCACAGACAGGAAACAGUCGAGUGCCUGAAGAAGUUCAACGCAAGAAGGAAACUCAAGGGUGCGAUAUUGACCACCAUGCUGGUGUCGCGCAAUUUCUCUGUGGGCAGGCAGACCACGGCACCCGCCAGCGUCUCUGCGGCCGCCGCUGCAGCCGGUACCACCACCAGUCUGGUGGAACAAGCAGCCAAGAGCCUGCUCAACAGGAAGGCCGAUGUCAAGCCACAGUCAAACAGUGCCAAAAACAGCAUAGUCACCAGUCCCAAAGGAAACGUCCCUUCUCCUGCUCUGGAGCCUCAGACCACUGUUAUCCAUAACCCAGUGGAUGGGAUCAAGGAAUCUUCAGACAGCAGCAACACCACCAUUGAGGAUGAAGAUGUCAAAGGGAAAAGCCUAUAUAGCAGUUCAGUUAAAGCCCCAUCUGAAGUCAGCCAAUCACCUCCGGGUUCCGUCCCUGCCAUCUUCUCCACCAAGCUGACCGACAUCCUGGGCUGCACCCGUAGGGGCUCGGGGCCCCCGGCAGCGCCUGAUAGUGAAGCAGCUGCCCACUCCACACAAUCCCCUCCACAGACCCCCAUCAUGCAGACACGCAAACAGGAGAUCAUUAAAAUCACGGAGCAGCUGAUAGAAGCCAUCAAUAAUGGGGACUUUGACGCCUAUGCGAAAAUCUGUGACCCUGGACUGACCUCCUUUGAACCCGAGGCUUUGGGGAACCUGGUUGAGGGAAUGGACUUCCAUAGAUUCUACUUUGAGAACUUGCUUUCUAAGAACAGCAAGCCCAUCCACACCACCAUCCUGAACCCUCACGUGCACCUGAUCGGAGAAGACGCCGCCUGCAUCGCCUACAUCCGCCUGACCCAGUUUGUGGAUGGGCAGGGCCGGCCACGCAGCAGCCAGUCGGAGGAGACCCGCGUGUGGCACCGUCGGGACGCCAAAUGGCAGAACGUUCAUUUCCAUUGCUCCGGUGCACCGGCUGCCCCUCUCCAGUGAAGAGUGGCCCUGCAGCAGAUACAUUAGAUGCGAGUGAUAAGGAGGACUGAUAGAAUGGCAGCAGAGGUCCAGCGUCGGAGUGCUCCGAAACCUCCAGCCUUCCAACGCUGGACACAGCCGUCCUCCCCUGCAUGCAAACCCACAGUUAUCUCUCUACCUGCUGGGCUGCUCUCAACACAGCGUCCUGAACCCCCCUCACCUCCGACUCCUAUGCCAAGACUCACUCCCGACGCAAGAGCAGCACUGCAUAUAUUAAUCAUCAAGAGCAAUCAUAGACUCCAGGUUCCCUUCUAGAGUUAUAAGAACCCGCACGAUUGCCUUUGCGCUCGUCUUCACUGGCCUUAUGCCCCCUGUGCCCAGGUACUCCCAAAUACAGUAGAUCAUGUUUUAAUAAAAAUAUCAUCAUUAUUAUUAUCAUUGUAUUUAUUGUUAUUGUUACUACUAUUGAUUACAUAUGAUUAUUACUUCGGUCAGGAUUCUAAGUAUUGCUGUUGUUCUUGAGAUUGUAUAUUUGAUGGUAAAAUUACUGAUGUUUUGUUUUAAAACACUUUUUUUUUUAAGCAUGGAUUUUAAGUAUUUUUUGGUGUUCAAAUAAUCUGAAGUCGAUCUAAAAGCAGCAGCACACACAUGGUUUUAAGAUUCAAAACUCGUAGUCAGUUUUCUCACGGAUAUGUUGGCACGCAGUUUUUCUGUCACCGUGAUCAGUGUUCGUAUUAUCAGAUCACCAAUCAGAUCUCUUGGAGGCAGCUGACAUCAUCACAUCAUUGAGAUUGGCCUCGUAUAUCUGCAGGUUGCCAAGUUGAAUUCCUUCAAAAGGAGCUGUCUGUCUCUAAAUCAGAGCAUAAUCUCUAUCUGUAUCUGUAUUGGCCCUUGAUGACCAGCAGCUGAUGUGUCCUUCUUAUUGACAAUCAACGCUGAUCUGGUUUUAUUUGCGUUUUGGUGGUAUGUGAGACUAGGAAUGUCUGUUGAAGCUUGUCUUCUUUUUCUCUAGGGAUCUAGUAGGAUGUUUCGAGAGAGUACAGCAUGUUGUUUUUAAGGGCCUUUAUUGUAAAGCAGCAGGAAGUUCGCUGGCCAAGUGUGUUCAAGAUUUAAAUAGCCAUUCUGGAUCCCACGGUGAUAAGAAACCUGUGAAUUUUAAGGGGUCACAGGAACGUUGUGAUUCACCUCGACUCAGGCACCUACAGUUCAUUCGUUUUUUUUUUCUUUUUUGUUCUGUACAUGCAGGAACUUUUUAUAUAUCAUUUAUGUGGUGUAAUUAUGGCAGUAUUUUAUUUUUUAAGCGUGUGUGUGUGCGUGUGUAUGUGUGUGGUUUUACAAUACAAUGACACUGAUAUCCUGAAUGUGAAAGCAUCGUCACUAUAUUAAAGUGUUGAAAGCCAUAACACACAGAGUGAGAAUUUUUGGCGGAUUUGUAAGGAUGUUUUUGUUAGUGUUGUCUUUCUGUCUAGCAGAACUGGAAGACAGUCUUAUGUGGAUAGAUUAGGGGGCUUCCUAACAACUGGUACUGUUCGUUUUUGACGUCCUGUCAAAAGAUUUCUGUAAUCACACAACCUUUGUUGAGGCUACUUGUUGUGUUUAUGUUGCUUUUAAAGGAAUAGAUCACCCAAAAUGAAGAUUUUCUGAAAAUGUACUCACCCUCAGGUCAUCCAAGAUGUAGAUGAGUUUCAUCAUUGUAACAGAUUUGGAGAAAUUCAGCAUUACAUCACUUGCUCACCAAUGGAUCCUCUGCAGUGAAUGGGUGCCGUCAGAAUGAGAGUCCAAACAGCUGAUAACAACAUCACAAUAAUCCACAAGUAAUCAGCACGACACCAAUCCAUCAAUUAACAAAUCCAUCAAGAGGUUUUUAACUUCUAGCCUUGUUUCCAGCCAAAAUAGAGUCUUCAAUCCAUAAUAUUGUUUUUUCCAGUGAAAUAGUCAUUUUGACUGUAUCAGGAGACAAAUAUGUGCAAAUCGAGUACCAUUUACAAGCAAAAACGGCUCUAAACAAAUAUGUUGGUGGAUUUUGAUGUGAGAGGACAACAGGAGAUAGACUUUUUCACUUUUUCAUAAUCCAUUAUGUAUUACGGACUCGCAUUUUAGCCAGAAGCAAUAGUUUAAAGUUAAAAUGUCUUGAUGGAUUUGUUUCUUGCAAACGCACAGCUUUUUGCUUCACAAAAUGUUGAUGGAGUGGAGUGGUGUGGAUUAUUGUGAUGUUUUUAUCAGCUGUUUGGACUCUCAUUCUGACGGCACCCAUUCACUGCAGAGCCUCUAGUAAUGAGCAAGCGAUGUAAAGCCAAAUUUCUCAAAAUCCGUUCUGAUGAAGAAACUCAUCUACAUCUUGGAUGGCCUGAGCAAGAGACCAUUUUCAACAAAAUUUAAUUUAUAGGUGAACUAUUCCUUUAAUUUCGAUCUGAAAUGUGACUCGUAUUUUUGUAGCUCAAUUUGAGAAUUUCAAACUCUAUGUAAAUAGUGACAAAUACAACAUCCGCCGCAAACAGCAGUCUGCAUGUCGACAAACCGGUGAUAUUCCUUUCUUAUGUGUGUUUAGUAUUGCAGACAAAUCAACAAAUAGCUAUCUUGUAAAACUACCGCUGCAUAGUGCUAACUUAUCUUAACAGUGGAAACUAUUUGCAUGAACUUCAACUUCACGAUAAUACAUUUUGGUGACUUUUUUGUUUCAUUCUGUUUAUUUUAUACUGAAUGCUGGUGAUUCUAUCUAUUUUUAAGCUUUGUAAGUGCAUAUAACUAUUUUUGUCUAAAGAUGAUGAUGAUGACUAUCAUGGUAAAACAGCUAUUCUGAUUGUACGGCAUGCUUUUGUAAAGGCAUUUGUUGUUUGAGCAGUGUUGGUUGAACCCACAGAAAAUGUGAAAUAAUGAACAGUGUGUUUAUUAGUGUGGGUCAAUCGCAGUGUUUGCCGCUGUCACACUAGUUCACAUUAGUUCACAUUAUGCAUGUGUUUUAUUACGGAAUGGAUCGUGCUUUGGCUGCCAGUCUACAAAAGGGACCUCGAAUUAUGUCUGUGUUCAAUGCCAUUUAAUCAACAACCUUCAUUGUGCUUUGCUCAAAUGCUGUCUAAUCCUUUAGGGGGCGCUCUUUACCACACUGUUCUAGUUAGACAAAACUGCAUAAUGUUAAGAUUUCCAAGAAUUCACUCACUUUUCUGCUUAAACACAGAAACACAAUCUUAAUGCACUAACAAACUGUGUUAAUGAAACCUAAAUGUUUUUUAGAUAAUAACCACCAAAAGAGUUUUUAAUCUGUUAUCAACUGGAUUCUUCUCCAAACAUAAUGAGCUUGAAAUAGUUGAAGUGAUUUGUGAUGAUAUUUUAAUCAGGCCACUAAUAGGAAGCUGGUGUGUGUCUGAGUUUCUCUGAGUGUGUUACACACAUGUGAAAGAGUGAAUCAGUGUUGUGUUUCUCUAUUGGUGACGCGUUGCAGCUCUUACAACAUCAAGUCGAUUUCUAUUUGUAGUAUUCACAUUUUUUCCCAAUGUCUUUUGUAAUCUUUUGCUUAAAUCUGAACAUCAGCCUUCCAACUUUGCAAGUUUUUUGUAUAUAAUCUAAAAUGGGAAGAUGUGGAUUUUAUUCAGUUCUGAAAAAAAUAAUUAUUUUGAAAUAUUUGUUUCUCCUAAUUCUUAUUAAUAUUCAUAUCUGUUCUUCCAAUGUGUUCUCCCUCUUUUUCUCUCAAUGUGUGCUAUAGGAAAUGUAUUAAGAUGUUAUCAGUAUUAUCAAUAAAAAGACUAUGUUAAAA